GCACAUAUAUAUAUAUAUAUAUACCGGUAUAUAUAUAAUCAGGCAUGUUUCAAGAUGUCUACCCGUUGCAAUGAAAGAUACCAAGCAAAUACAAUUGAACAUGAGACAGCGUAGGAAGAUGACGAGGAUGAUGGCCUACCUGCAUUAUCCGGCCCAGCCCCACUAGAUAAAGCACCUGCGGUGGAACCCUCUGGUUUACCCCUCCAAAAAAAAGUUGACCUUCCAGUCGACAUGAGGCUUGACAUGACAGCAUCGCACGGCUGAGCAAACGACACACAUUCCAUUUCCGACUCAAAUCCGCUGCCUCUGAAUUUACUUGGCACACUACAUAAGACAUUCGGUUUGCACGAGACCUUCGAGCCCUUCCGAAGAAUCAACUGCGAAUACGGGCACAUCUCAGUGAGAACAGGGAGGGGACAUAUAGUAGAUAGGGCACCUCGAGCGUACGUGAUCGCGGCUUAGCUCCACGGCAUUGGAAUGUACUCCGUCACUUAAAAGUACAGUAAAAAAGAUAAGGUUGGCCUGGUCUACCUUGAAUUGAAUCCAUCACGAGUAGCUUCGAUAAUCUGUCACCAUGAGUAAAUUUGGCGUUAUGGUCAUGGGCCCAGCGGGCGCGGGGAAGUCAACCUUUUGCGCCUCCCUCAUCACACACCUCCAGCUCAACCGACGCUCAGCCUUCUACGUAAACCUCGACCCAGCAGCCGAGACAUUCGAGCAUUCCCCCGACCUCGACAUCAAGGACCUCAUCUCUCUCGAGGACGUAAUGGAGGAAAUGGGGCUCGGCCCCAACGGCGGCCUGAUCUACUGCUUCGAGUUCCUCAUGGAGAACCUCGACUUCCUCACCGACGCACUCGACUCGCUCACGGAGGAAUACCUCAUCAUCUUCGACAUGCCUGGCCAAAUCGAGCUAUACACGCACGUGCCCAUCUUGCCCGCCCUCGUGCGCUUUCUCACGCGCACCGGAUCCCUCGACAUCCGGCUCUGCGCGGCCUAUCUCCUCGAAGCGACCUUCGUCGUGGACCGCGCGAAAUUCUUCGCGGGAACCCUGAGCGCCAUGUCCGCCAUGAUCAUGCUCGAAGUCCCGCAUAUCAAUAUCCUGUCGAAAAUGGACCUCGUCAAAGAUCAGGUCCGCAAGAAGGAUUUGAAGAGGUUUAUUAACCCGGAUAGUGCGCUGUUAGAGGAUGAUCCUGCUGAAGUCGCGAGACGAGCUGCCGAGGGCAAGAAUUCGCUGGACGAGGCCGAGGAAGAUGCCAGCGCUGAUCUCCAGGAUAAAGAUACGCUUAUGCGCGGCACGGGGUUCAGGAGGCUGAAUAAGGCUGUCGCGGAUCUGAUUGAGAGCUUUAGCAUGAUUAGCUAUCUGAAGCUUGAUGUCCAGGAUGAGGAUAGCGUUGGCGCGAUCCUGAGUUAUAUCGACGAUUGUAUACAGUAUCAUGAGGCGCAGGAGCCUAAGGAGUUGAAGGAUGAGGAGUUUGAGGAGGUGGAAGAGUGAGCGGACAUUUAUUUACCUGGCUGGAGAAUGAUGUCGAUGGAGGGAUAUCGAGAGGUUUGGAAUUGUGUUGCUUAUAUGCAUAGCAUUGGCGUUUUUCUGGGGAUUGAUGAUUGAUAGUUCAUUGUCGUAGUAAUUUGAUACCAAAACCAUGAAUACUAGAAUCGGAAUUUUCAUUCAAACUAGAUUGUCGUGUCCAAAAGCAGACCAGGUACUCCUAAUACGAGCAUUUUGCUCGUUCUGCUUAGUUCAUGAUAAUGCUCGCGUGCUUGCCUGCUCAUGAUCUCGGUAAUGCUGAAAAAAACAUGGGUGCUAAUCGUGUCAUAUGCGUAAUCGUAAUACAUCAAGCAUCCUCCUUUCGUUUCGUUUCCUUCUUUCCCAAGGUAUGCCUCCCCCAUUCUUCAUGAAUUCUCAUCUCCCCCUCCCACUAAACCCAGCACUUCUCAUCCCACUCCCAC